AUGGCCGACAGAGACGAGAACGAAAUGAAUACCAACAGGGAUGGGUUGGAGAGAGAACAUCUCUCGGCCCAUGGGUGGUCCGCUUCUUCAACAUUCUUUUCUAGUUCUCGAUCGAUGGGCGAGGAAGAUAUCUUUAGAAGUGGCAAUUUCAGCGAGGACACUUUCAGGGAGUUAAAUCUCGCGCAUGUGCGAUCGAGCUCUGAAUACUCAUCUAGAUCACGCGCUGUCGAAGACGAAACAGUCCAUGAAUUCAUUACCACUGGUGACGGUAUUAGGAGCCAGUUUCAAUUCUUUCAAACAGACUCAACGCCUCCUCACCCUUCUACUUCUAGGACCGUUGAAGAGCAUGCUGAAGCAGGGCAGUCCGAGAUAUCAGAAAGAAACUUCUCCUCCAGUAUGCAGUUUGGUUUCUCGAAUGCUACAUCGGUAUCAAGGGUCACUGAACGGGAGGUGGCUUCUGAAGCGCGAAUCUAUCGUGGAAAUAUUGAAGGGUUGUCUAUGAACUCAGAAGGGCAUGGCCUCUUUCAAGGAUAUACUGGAGCACUGCAGUCCGGGAGGGCAGAAAGAAACAUCUUUUCCGACAACACCCACUUGGGGUUCUUGGAUGCUACAUCAGCAUCGAUAGACGCUAACCGGGAGGUGGCUUCUGAAGUGCGAACCUACAGUGGAUAUACGGAAGGCACGGCAGUUGUAGCUCAAGUGCAUAAUGCGUCUACUCAGAAUGUUGAAGCAAUGCAGUCUGAGAUGAUGGAAAGGGACAUCUCUUUCUCCAACCCGCAGUCGUCGUUCUCGAAUGCUAUAUUGGCCUCAGGAUUCACUCAUAGGGAGGCGGCUACUGAAGCGCAAAUUUAUGAAGAAUAUGCGGAAGAAACGUCGACUCAGAGGCAGGAUACCUCUCAAGAGCAUUCUGGAGCUAUGAACUUUGACACGCUGGAAAGUUCUCUCUCGUCCUUCAAUGUGCAUUUGGAAAACCCAUACGCAGCAUCAGAGCACAGAGUUGCUGAAAGAGGAGUGGCUGCCGAAGCGCAAACCCAUAAUGGAUAUAUGGAAGAAACGUCAACUCAAGGGCAGGAUACUUCCUCGGGGCUCCUGUCCACGUCGCGGUUCGCCCAGGGAAUUCCUCAAGCACAGGGGACCGAAUCAUCCGAACAGAGCACCAUACCAGCACAUACUGAGUCUAGGAUAGAGACCAAUGAAUGGGAGGACCGCAAUUGCGCAACGAACAAUACGGUCGGCCACAGCGAUACGAUAGUCCAUUCACAGACCGCUUCAUCGGAAUUGAUGUUUACAGAAAGCCUCCAGAACGUAGGGGCCGAAGCCGACGUUUAUAAGGACCCCCCUCAGACCGUGACACCGGAUCUUGCUCCCUGGGAAACAAGAAUCAACCUGUUGAAUGGAACAACUCAAACAAGCGAAAGACGAAAAGGCACCUUUCUCAUAUCACAUGCGGAACCUACGUCGUCCCCACUAACCAUCGCACCCGCAGUGAAGGAGCAAGAGAUGGAAAGUGGGAUAACCGACUCUUGGGAAGCCAAAGAAGACGAUACUUAUGCGACUGCUAGGCAUAUGGACCAAAGUGUGUCUAUUAGCCCUGCGAUAGUGGCUGACCAAGGAGUAACGGAGGAAGAUGAGGCUUCUGGAAAAGCAGUUGAAGAAGACCCUGCGCCCGCUUCAUCCUCGGAAGUGGUGCACACAGUAGAAGAGAAAGAGGUCUUAUGCGACGUAAAUCAUUGUGACAGCAUUGCGGUUGAUGAGGGAAAUUCGACAUCCGAAACUGGAUCUCCACCAGGAAAACGAUCCCCAAUGGGAGACGAAAAGAAUAACAAACCUUACUGUGUUACAAGGCUCGCGCUGCCUUGGAUCCAACCGAAAAGUUACAUCUUACCAAGCUUGCAAAUGAUCAAGUUGUUGCUCGUGUCAGUCAACUGA